AGUUAUCUGGCCAAUGAACAACUCGUUGAAAGAGUAAGUUAAUAAUUUUGUUGAUCAUUUUUUUUACUGUAUACAAUAGGCAUUAAUUAACAGUUAAUGAAUGAGGCUGAGUAUCUUAUGAAGAAUUAUGGAUAUCGAGGAGGGUGUUAUACAGCCUUGGCGGAUAACACCCUCCGAGAUCUCCAUAAUUCUUCAUAUGAUACGAAAGCCGAAUUCAAUAACUAUUUUUUCAUUCAUUCAAAAUAAUUCCUAGUUUAAAAACAUAGCUAAAACAUGCUUACCUCCAUCGAUCCAUCGAUGUUCAGUUCAUCUUCGAUAGUGUACGUUUAGGUUUGUCCAGCUCCACAAAUAUUCUUCAAAUAGCAGAUGUCACCCUUCGAGUUGUCCUCUUGCUGUUCUUGCCAUGUUUUUAGCUUUUUUUUGCCUAGUUCUUACUCUUGAAACGAGUGAAAUGUCCGCCAUUUUUUUUAAGUUCACAACCAAAACAACGCAACCUCGUUCCCAGGUCUUCUUGGUUAACGGUGCCUUAACCUGCAAAAACGCUGCAUUUUUGACGUCAUUUCCUCGUUAAAGUCAAAAUUCUUCCAAAUUUGGUCAUCAGUAACUGGUUAUGGUGAAUUAAACUUGUGCUUUUAGCCAAUCAGAAUCGGGAAAAUAUAUUGAAUGAAUAAUAAUCGUCUUUAACUUUGCAAUGGAAAGGCUUUUCUUAGUUGUUAUGAUGAAUAGGGAAAUAAAUGGGAAACCAUUGUUCCAAAACGGCUCAAUUCACCCAACAAACCCAUCCACAGGGUCUUUCUGUUGUCCAAUAUGGUGGUAACAGGAGAGAAGUGUUUGGCCACCAAAUUAAAGGUCUCAAAAUAUUUCACACUGUGUACAGUAAUUAGCUUUUAUUGAGUUUUUAAGUGGAAACACUUGUUCCCUGAAAAAAGUAACAUAUAGAAUCUAAAAUGAUUGACAACUGAUCAGGAGAAUGUUCACCAAAUUAGGCAAAUACUGGUAUGAAUAAUAUUGAUGUGUACAUAAUGGCAUGAUAAAAAGUGUUCUCCUUAUCAGGCGGUAACCAGUAAAAUUUUCCUAAAGCAACAAAGAUAACAAUGGCUGAUUUGCUUAAUGUAGGUCUUAAAAUGAGGGAAUGACUCUUCAGAGAACUAGCUCCUAAAUUUCCCAGUGAGGGCAGGGCCAUGUCCCUCACUUUACUACCCCCUGAGGAAAGUGCCCCUCUAGCACUAUAUUCUUUGCCUUGUUGGCCAGGAAUGGUCCCUUACCUGCUUAGCUAAAAUUUAGGGAGAGCACUGUAACAAUGCAUAUGUCAAAAUGAUUAAAAAGAGAGGGAGAAAAAAGGGAAACUAAGGAACAAUGUAAAAUAUUUGGUGGGGGUAUUAUGGGGUGGUGGAUUUCAAGUCCAUGACCCCAAGAGGCUAAUAUAUUAUGGGUCAAAACUUACCCUUUAACUGUUAGCUUUUGUGUGAGAGGCAAUAGCCUGAGACUGAAAUUAUUAAUACAUGUAUACUAAGCAUACUGUAAUACAAUCAGUAAUAAUAAAUUAAAUUGAGUCAUUUUGGUUUAUCUUCAGCUUGCUAACUCAUAUCCCAUCCGUCGUCUGGCCCAGCUUACCCAUUACACCUACAGACGAAUGACACUUUGGGGUACGUAAGUUCAGAUUCCUUAUUCAUAGCAGCUUGAUUUAGGCCCUCAUGGCAGUUACUCAGGCUGUGACAGUUUUAUUUUUUAUUUUUGACUUCUGAUAGUCAGUUGCUUGUUGAAGCAUUUAACAAGCAAAAUAGAACUUAAAAAAGUUACUUGAUGUUUUGAUGUAACACACAUUAUCAAGAGUGAAAAAUGUUAAGUUUAAAAGUAAUUUGUUUAAAGAGCUGAAGAUUGAAUAAAUUAGAUUGUAUUCAUGUGUGCUUCAUUGAAUGUGCAAUUGGAUUUGAUUCGCGCUGAGCUAUUCUGUUAAGAAAUCUAGCAUGAAUAAGUUCAAUAGCACAAUAAAGCAUGCAUGGAAACAAUCUAAUUUAUUCAAAUGUCAGCCCUUUAAACAACUUUUGCUUGACCCUUGUUGUUUGACCCUUUAUGUUCCAAGAGUGACCAACAUCAGUUUUCUCCUAACAAUACUCAUAGAUGAUUAAAAGAAAAGGUUAUGAGAAUAAAUAAAAUGAUCACCUAAGGGAUAAUGCUUUGAUUUUUGGACAAACUCUCUCAACAAAUUCUGUAAGGAAAUGUAUGGAGAUAAGUUUGGAGAAUUUGUAUGUGGAUAUUGGGGCUUUAAGGGUUAUUAUUGUUCAUUCAAAAUAUUUCCCCAAUUCUGAUUGGUUAAAAGCACACGCGUAAUUCACCAUAACCAGUUACUGAUGACCAAAUUUGGAAGAAUUUUGUGUUAAACAAGGAAAUGACAUCAAAAAUGCAGCCCUCUACAGGUUAAGGCACUGUUAUCAAGAGGACCUGGGGACAAGUUGUUUUGGUUGUGAAAAAAAAAAAUGGUGCAUAUUUCACUCAUUUCAAGAGUAAGAACUACAGCUGGAACUAGGCAAAAUAAUAGCUAAAAACAAGGCAAAAACAGCAAGAAGACAACUCGUAGGGCGACAUCUGCUAUUUGGAGAAUAUUUGCGGAGCUGGACAAACCUAAACGGUGGAUAACACCCUCCUCAAUCUGCUUAAUUCUUCAUAUCCUACUCAGCCUCAUUCAUUAAUUGCCAAAUUUUUUUUUUUCAGGUAAUGAUGCCUUGGAUAAAGCUGUUAAGUCAAGCGAGGCAAAUGAAAACUUUCAAAGAUAUCCUCAAGCUACUGGGAGGCUUGUUUCCUUUACAAGAAACUUCCUGAAAAACAUUCAAAAUGAGAUUGAAAAGAGCCAGCGAGGACCAAGAUAA